GUCAGCUCUCCGCGCUGGCUGCUCUCAUUAUUGUCAGUAUAUUGUUAAUACCGUUCGGUACUCAAUUGAAAGACCGCCGGGGGAAACCAGAAAAACAACAGCCGCGAAUUUUGUUGUUGUUUGUUUUUACGAUCCUCCCCGUGUUAUCUUCCAUUAAAUCCGUUAUGGUAAACGCAGAGUUAAACGAAGAAAACACGUAAGCAGCAACAAUUUAAUUCGGUGGAAGACUACUGGCUGUUGGAGCAGCUUUUUCACUCGUGCUGAGGAGAAGCAAGAACUUACAUUAAAAUGUUGGACCCAUCAUCCAGCGAGGAGGAGGCGGAUGAGGUUGUGGAAGAAGAGCGCAAAGUGGUGGCGGCGCCCAAGGCUGGUGGUCCUCGGGUGUCUCCAAGCAGGACCAGCGAAAGCUCUGGUGGGUUGCAGCCAAGCCGAAGCACCAAUGCCCGACCAACGAGCCCGAGCCCCUCAGUGGCGAUCGAGAAGGAAAAGGACGAUUUGGAAAAGAUGCAAAGGGAGGAAGAAGAGAGAAAGAAGAGGCUUCAGCUUUACGUCUUUGUGAUGCGCUGUAUUGCCUAUCCGUUUAAUGCGAAGCAGCCGACCGACAUGGCAAGACGACAGCAAAAGAUCAGCAAACAGCACCUUCAGACAGUUAAAGAUCGUUUCCAGGCCUUUCUGAAUGGAGAGACUCAGAUUGUAGCCGAUGAAGCCUUCAUCAACGCUGUCCAAAGUUACUACGAGGUGUUCCUUAAAAGUGACCGCGUGUCCCGUAUGGUCCAAAGCGGCGGUUGCUCAGCCAGUGACUCUCGUGAGGUCUUCAAGAAGCACAUUGAGAAGCGUGUCCGCAGCCUGCCCGAGAUCGAUGGUCUGAGCAAGGAGACUGUCCUCAGCUCGUGGAUGGCCAAGUUUGACACCAUCUACAGGGGAGAAGAAGACCCACGCAAACACCAGCAGCGCAUGACAGCCAGCGCUGCCUCCGAGCUCAUUCUCAGCAAGGACCAGCUGUAUGAGAUGUUCCAACAGAUUCUUGGCAUUAAGAAGUUCGAGCACCAGCUGCUGUAUAAUGCUUGUCAGUUGGAUAAUCCUGAUGAACAGGCUGCCCAGAUCAGAAGAGAGCUGGAUGGACGACUCCAAAUGGCUGAUCAAUUCACCAAAGCUGGCAGAUUCCCCAAGUUUGUGUCCAGGGACAUGGAGGCCAUGUACAUCGAGGAGCUGAAGUCAUCAGUGAACCUGCUGAUGGCCAAUCUGGAGAGUAUGCCGGUGUCUAAAGGAGGAGAGUUCAAACUGCAAAAGCUCAAGAGAGGCCAUAACACUUCCAUCAUUGACAUGGGCCAAGAGGACGAGAAUCAGCUCUCCAAAUCUGACGUGGUUUUGUCUUUCACUCUGGAGGUGGUGAUUAUGGAGGUACAGGGUCUAAAGUCUUUAGCGCCAAACCGGAUUGUUUACUGCACCAUGGAGGUGGAAGGUGGACAGAAACUUCAGACCGACCAGGCAGAGGCCUCCAAACCAACUUGGGGUACUCAAGGAGACUUCACGACCACUCAUCCACUUCCAGCAGUAAAGGUGAAACUCUUUACUGAGAGCACAGGAGUGCUGGCACUGGAGGACAAAGAGCUGGGACGGGUUGUAUUGCAUCCAACACCCAAUAGUCCCAAACAAUGUGAGCCCCAUAAAAUGACUGUUGCCAAAGGUUGCCCAGAUGACCUGAAGAUCAAAUUGGCUGUCCGUAUGGACAAACCACAGAACAUGAAGCACUGUGGAUACCUUUGGGCCAUUGGGAAAAACCUGUGGAAAAGAUGGAAGAAGAGGUUCUUCGUCUUGGUGCAGGUCAGCCAGUACACCUUUGCCAUGUGUAGCUACAGGGAGAAGAAAGCAGACACAAAUAUUACCUUGAAAGGGUCUGAUCAAGUAGAAAUAACUCAGUGUUGUCUGGAUGGUGGUCGGACAUUCUUCAAUGCUGUGAAGGAGGGAGACACUGUGAUCUUCGCCAGCGAUGAUGAGCAAGAUCGAAUCCUGUGGGUUCAAGCGAUGUAUCGUGCCACGGGCCAGUCCCACAAACCCAUCCCCACCUUUGCCAUGUGUAGCUACAGGGAGAAGAAAGCAGAACCUCGGCAGCUGGAUGCAAUAAUUGCAUGCCAAUCCGGACUGAAGGAUGCAGACCGAGCACAGAAACAUGGAAUGGAUGAGUUCAUCUCCGCGAACCCCUGCAAUUUUGACCAUUCUUCGCUGUUUGAGAUGGUUCAGCGGUUGACACUGGAUCACAGGCUCAACGAUUCAUACUCCUGCUUGGGUUGGUUCAGUCCAGGUCAGGUGUUUGUAUUUGAUGAGUACUGCGCCAGGUACGGAGUGCGAGGGUGUCACAGGCACCUGUGUUACCUGAAUGACCUGCUGGAGAGGGCAGAGAAAGGGUCCAUGAUCGACCCCACGCUACUGCACUACAGCUACGCCUUCUGUGCCUCCCACGUGCACGGCAACAGGCCUGAUGGAAUCGGUACUGUCACAGUAGAAGAGAAGGAACGGUUCGAGGAGAUCAAAGAACGACUGCGCGUACUGCUCGAAAACCAGAUCACACACUUCAGGUACAUCACUCAUAUGACACAAAGUAAAAAAGACCUACAAGCUAAAGUAAAUAUGCAUCUAAUUUCUAAUUUGGUUUUGCAGGUCUUAAUGAAGGACAUUGUGACACCCGCACCUCAAGACGAGGUGAAGACAGUGGUCCGUAAAUGUCUGGAGCAGGCAGCUUUAGUGAACUACCAGCGUCUCUCAGAAUACGCCAAGGUGGAAGAGAAAUCUCAGAGGGAUCAGAAGGAUGCAGAAAAUGUAGGGCGCUUAGUCACACCUGCCAAAAAGCUUGAGGACACGCUCCGUCUGGCCGAGCUGGUCAUAGAGGUGCUCCAGCAGAAUGAAGAACAUCAUGCUGAAGCUACACACCCAAGUACGGGAGGUCAGGCGGGUAAAGAGGCAUUUGCUUGGUGGUCAGACCUGAUGGUUGAACAUGCCGAGACGUUUCUGUCUCUAUAUGCUGCAUUUGCUUGGUGGUCAGACCUGAUGGUUGAACAUGCCGAGACGUUUCUGUCUCUAUAUGCUGUGGACAUGGACGCGGCACUGGAGGUCCAACCACCAGACAGCUGGGACAGCUUCCCUCUCUUUCAGUUGCUCAAUGACUUCCUGCGCAUUGACUAUAAUCUAUGUAAUGGGAAGUUUCAUAAGCACCUGCAAGACCUGUUUGCCCCUCUGGUGGUGAGGUAUGUGGAUCUAAUGGAGUCCUCCAUAGCUCAGUCCAUACACAGAGGAUUUGAACGAGAGUCUUGGGAACCUGUCAAGAGUUUAACAAGUAAUCUGCCCAGUGUCAGCCUACCAAAUGUGAAUCUACAAAUGCCUAAAGUACCAAAUCUACCAGUGUCAGUUAAUCUGCCACCAAUGCAAAUGCCUAGCUUUUCCACCCCCAACUGGAUACCGGGUUUAUCUGAUACUGAUAAUGGAUCAGGGACAUCAGAAGACUUGUUUUGGAAGCUGGAUGCAUUGCAGACAUUCAUCAGAGACCUGCACUGGCCAGAAGAAGAGUUUGCCAAGCACUUGGAGAGCCGACUCAAACUCAUGUCCAGUGACAUGAUCGAGUCCUGUGUAAAAAGAACCAGAGCAGCCUUUGAGGUGAAGUUGCAGAAGAGUCCACGCACUACAGACUUCCGUGUCCCCCAGUCCAUAUGCACCAUGUUCAACGUCAUGGUGGACGCCAAGGCCCAAUCGGCCAAACUAUGUGCCAUGGAGCUCAGCCAAGAGAGACAGUACCACUCGCAAAUAGACAAUCUCAUCGAGGAGAUGGUGAAAGAAAUGAUUACUUUACUCGUGGCAAAGUUUGUUGUGAUCCUAGAGAGUGUUCUGGCAAAGUUGUCACGUUAUGAUGAAGGCACACUUUUUUCCUCCUUCCUGUCAUUUACAGUAAAAGCUGCUUCAAAAUAUGUGGACGUACCUAAACCUGGGAUGGAUGUUGCCGACAGCUAUGUGACAUUAGUUCGCCACUCUCAGGAUGUCUUGCGGGACAAGGUCAAUGAGGAGAUGUAUACAGAAAGGUUAUUUGAUCAAUGGUACACUAGCACAAUGAAUCUCCUGGGCACCUGGCUGACAGACCGUAUGGACCUGCAGUUGCAUGUGUAUCAGCUGAAAAUCCUCAUCAGAAUUAUUAAGAAAAAGUAUCGUGAUUUCCGACUACAAGGUGUGUUGGACUCCACAUUGAACAGCAAGAUGUAUGAGACGGUGAGAAACAGGCUGAUUCUAGAAGAGGCUACAGCAUCUGUUAGAGAGGGAGGGAUGCAAGGCAUAUCCAUGAAGGACAGCGAUGAGGAAGAUGACUAGAUCCUGCUGGAGACAAUUAGGUGUGGACAAUUCGGUUAGACACGUUUAUUGUGGCCUAAAAUGAUGCAUGUUCACCACUGUCCAUCGCUCGUACAUGUCUGGAUGUUAACGUCAUGUUCUAUGACAAAUAAGGGACCAACUUCAAUUCAAAUUAAACUAAAAAAUACAAAUCUCAAUUCAGAUG